AUGUUUGGAAGAAGCGUAUCACCGGAGCCAACUAUGUAUGAUGUGGUUACAUACAUCAAUUCUGUGAAAGAUGCAUUCCAUGAUGAACCUGCAAAGUAUGACGGGUUUUUAAAGCUCUUCAUUGAUGUUCGCGUCCUUAGGGUUUAUGUCCCUAAUGACAUUGCUAGAAUGAAGGAACUCAUCAAAGAUCAUCAGAAUCUGCUUCUUCGUUUAAAUGUCUUCCUUCCAGCUGAGGCUCAGAUAACAAUCCCUCCGGAGGCUGAGGCUCAGAUAACCAUCCCUUCGGAGGCUGAUCACAAAGCAGGAAGCGUGCCACAGAAGCCAAUUAAGGAAGAUUUGGUUUCAUACCUUACUGCUGUGAAGGAAGCAUUUCAUGAUGACCCUCCAACAUAUGACGUGUUUUACAAGCUCAUUUAUAAUAUUAGACAUCAUAGAGUACUUGAUAUUGCUAGUGCCAUUGGAAGGGUGGACGAACUCCUGCAAGAUCACCAGGAUCUGCUGCUUCGUUUAAAUGACUUCCUUUCAGCUGAGGCUCAGAGAAUCCUUCAUCUCAAGAUUGAGAAAGGGGCUGCAUCUGAUGAUAACAAAAGGAAACGUGUAGCGAGUUUUCUUAGCAAGCUUAAGGCAAGGUUUCAGUGGGAUGAUCGCCAUGUAUAUGAGUCAUUUCUCGAGAUACUGAACAUGUACCAAGAAGGAAACAAGUCCAUAGUUAAGAUGUACCAGGAGAUCGUUUCACUUGUUCAGGAUCAUGAAGAUCUAGUCAUGGAGUUUGCAGACAUUUUAAGUUGA